UUGUGGCAGUACGGGGCAGCUACCAAUCAAACAAUAGUUUGCUACAUGUUUUUUACUCUCUUCCCGACCCUUCCUUUUCUCUCUCAUUGAGCUAUCUUUUUUUCUCUUUAUAUAUAUCAAACACAACUCUUGAGAGUUUAUGGUGGGAGUUUAUUGAAAAUUAUUAUAGAAUGGGAUAUGGGGAGCUUAUAAUACGAAGCUAUGACGCCCAGUAUGAUAGAGCUCGAGUGGAAGAUCUCGAGAGAAUGUGUGAGGUAGGUCCAGCUGAGAGAGCGUUUCUCUUCACAGACAGUUUGGGUGACCCCAUAUGCAGAAUCAGAAACAGUCCGAUUUACAAAAUGCUGGUAGCCGAGCUGGACAGCCAGUUGGUUGGCGUCAUCCAGGGCUCUAUAAAGCUUGUAACAUUUCAUAACCUUCCCAAGAAUCUAGCCAGGGUAGGCUAUAUAUUGGGCUUAAGGGUUGCACCCCUUCAUCGGCGACGAGGGAUUGGCUCGAGCCUGGUGAUCAAAUUGGAAGAAUGGUUCAUUGCAAGUGAUGUUGAUUAUGCAUACAUGGCCACAGAGAGAGAUAAUGAGGCAUCGUUCAAGCUCUUCAUAGACAAGCUCAGUUAUGUCAAGUUCCGGACCCCAGCCAUUCUGGUAAAUCCCGUUAGCCAUCGGAUGUGCCGGAUAUCAUCGAAUGUUGAAUUAGCAAAGCUCAAGAUUGAAGAAGCUGAAUCUCUCUACCGUAAAUUCAUGUCUUCAACGGAGUUCUUCCCAAAUGAUAUAGGCAAUAUACUGAGAAACAAGCUAAGUUUGGGAACUUGGGUGGCUUAUCCGAGAGGUGAAUCAUGGGGGGGAGUUCCUAGUAGUUGGGCAAUGCUUAGUGUAUGGAAUAGUGGGGAGCUUUUCAAGUUGAGGUUAGGGAAUGCACCUUUAUCUUGUUUGAUGUACACGAAGAGUUCAAGAUUGAUCGAAAAGCUUCUUCCGUGCUUUAAAUUGCCGGCCAUGCCAAAUUUUUUCCAUCCAUUCGGGUUCUAUUUCAUAUAUGGAGUGCAUCGUGAAGGUCCAUUGUCUGGCAAGCUGGUGCGGACCCUGUGCCAAUUCGUGCAUAACAUGGCUUCAAAGUCUAAGGAUUGUAAGGUUAUUGUUACAGAAGUCGGAGGCAGCGACACAUUGAGACUUCACAUCCCGCAUUGGAAAUUACUAUCCUGUCCAGAAGAUUUGUGGUGCAUAAAGGCUUUGAAAAAUGAAGAGAGAAACAGACUCCAUGAAUUGACAAAAACCCCACUAACAAGAGCUCUUUUUGUAGACCCAAGAGAGGUAUGAACAAAAGAAAUCCUGACCCCUUUUGCCUGGCCUGAGCUAAACCCCAACUCAUGUAUUCCUUGACAAGUCCAAUCCUUCUCUCCUGGUGGGGGCUUUUCUCUUGUUCCUUUCACAUCGGUGACACAAAAUCUCUGAAGAUUUCCUUAAUUAGGUGCCACCCUCGGUGUCCUUGCUUGUAAAUCAUUUUUGCACCUCAUGAUUCCGAAUAAUCAAGCAGCUUUGUGGUCCAAUCCUUGUCCCUUCUGCCUUUGGUAAACAUUUUAUCUGGACCCUCCUUCCCUCUGUCGCGUCGCAUACUGUUCCCCUCCCUAACAUGCUACUGUUAAAGAUUGAGGGAAUCUCAUUAUCAAUAAAGAAAAAAUCUAUAUAUAAACUACAUAUCAAAGUUGGCCUUGUGGCGUUACUAUGAAAAUUAGGCCCCUUGAUGUUUUAAGCAAAACAUUUCCUAGUC